AUGUCCUCGAUUUGUUCAAAAAAUGGUCACUGCACCAGGGACAACGUGCUUCAACGAUCGUGCAGCGUGACCGCCCCCAACCAUCCACCAUCGAUCAUCCGCAGUCAUACAAACGGGGAGACGGAAGCGAAUUACUUAAAACGGCUCGCUGGGGUCGAUGACAGGAGGUAUUUGGAAGUGCUCCAACUCUUGCCCUAUGACCAAGCGGAUUCUUUCCAGGGAAUACUCGAUCGAGGUCUGAUAUCUGCUGAGACUGUGGACCGGCUU